GCAGCGUCGUCGCGAGGCUCCAACGACCGCUCCGAGACGGGACGCGGACGUGGCGGCCGAGCAGAGAUUUGAGUUUGUCGAUUUGGCCACUUAGUGUGGUGGUCGAUUUGAGGGAUUUGAGGCCGGCGUUGCCCGGGCAUGCCGUUGGCGCCGCAAACCCGUGGGCCUGUUUGCCUGGUUGCCUCCUCGCCUGGAGCGUGCAACAGCUGCGGCCGUUUCGGUUGAAGGGUUCGGGGCCCUGUGAGACGCAGACGCCGCAGGCCCCGGUGGCGCCCGGGUCAACAUGAUGGGGUUCCUGCGCGCGCUGCAGGAGGACAAGCCCCGCGGCGUGCUUCUGGCCUUGGUGUACGUGUCGCUGCUGCUGGACAACAUGCUCCUCACCGUCGUCGUGCCCGUCAUCCCCGACUACCUGGUGACGUCGGAGGGACUGCGGCCCGGCGACGACGGCUCGGGGGAGGGCGGCCGCGUGGGGCUGCUGCUGUCGUCCAAGGCGUGGGUGCAGCUCGCCGCCAACCCCGUGGUGGGGGCGCUGACGGCCACCCUCGGCACGCGCCUGCCCCUGCUGGCGGGCAGCGUCAACCUGGUGCUGGCGUCCAUGCUGUUCGCUCUGGGCGAGUCUUACGCGGGGCUCUUCAUCGCCAGGAGCCUGCAGGGCGUGGCGUCCGCCUGCAUCGGCGUGGCAGGGAUGUGCCUGGUGGCCGAGCAGUUCCCGGAGGAGUCGGAGCGGUCGCGCGCGCUGGGCCUGGUGCUGGGCGCCAUCGCGCUGGGCGUGCUGCUGGGCUACCCGCUGGGCAGCGUGGCCUACGAGUUCCUCGGCAAGCCGGCGCCCUUCCUCGUCGUGUGCUCGCUGGCCUUCGUCCUGGCGCUGAUGCAGUUGCUGCUCCUGGACGUGCGGAACUCAGCCUCCUCCCAGGCGCUCGCCUCGGACUGGGCGGUCUUGCUGUCGGCCGGCACCAUCCUGCUGUCGUCCUCGUGCCUCGCCAUCCUGGAGCCCUGUCUGCCCAUCUGGCUCAAGGCCUCCAUCCGGCCCGAGAAGUGGCAGAUGGGCACCGUCUUCCUGCCGGACUCGGUGGGCUACCUGCUCGGCACGCACCUGCUGGGCGAGCCGGCGCUGUGGCUGGGCCGCUGGAGGGUGGCCGCCGCCGCCCUCAUGCUGCUCGGCGUGUCCGCUGCCCUGGUGUGCUCGGCGCGAAACCUCUGGCAGUUGGUGCUGCCGCACUUCGGCCUGGGGCUGGGCGUCGGCGCCGUGGACGCGGCCCUGGUGCCCCUGCUGGCCUACCUGGUGGACACGCGCCACGGCGCUGGCUACGGCGCGGUGUACGCCUUGCAGCAGACCGCCGUCAGCCUGGCCUACGCCUUGGGACCGAUGCUGGGCGGCGCGCUGAUGCGGGUCGUGGGCUUCCCCUGGCUGAUGCGCGUGCUGGGCGCGCUGUGUCUCCUCUGCAGCCCCCUGCUCGCCCUGCUGGCCCGCCUCGACCUGCCGGACAAGCUGCCGCAGAUCCCUAGGAUUUUAAUGGAUCCACUGAGACUUACGGGGAUCCUGUAA